CCUGGAUGUCGGACAUCAUCGCCAGAAUCAAGGCUUGAAUUGCACACCAAUCAAGGGUGGGAUGACAGCUCAGUGGGCGAGAGCUGACACCAAUCUCGAGCAGAAAUGAAAACAGGCGGCCCGCGCCAAGCUAUAAGCCAGCAGCCCUAAACCACUUUUGCGAAAUCCUUCACAAGCCACGAACAUCAGACGACCAGAAUACUAGACGGUGGUUCCCCAGACUAGCGUCAGAAGUGUUUCCAAACCGGGCCUCAUAACCGCGCGCCUGAAACUAUACAAGGCGUGCCGGCCAAUCCAUAUCACAGCCAACUGCUGCCAGCUCGAAUUGACAGCCAUCUCACCCAGUGCCAUGUGGGCAAGAAUGGGGCCGCUUUUCCUUAUAUCCUGACAUCCCUACUCGGUGUUUCUCGGUCUUCUCGUCUUAUGUUUCAUUCAGCAAUGGCCUCAAGCCUUUCAGAGUUGCGAGAGAAGAGUGCCUGGCCACAAUGGAAGUCGCUGUAGAGGGCAAAGAUCUGAUUGAUUUUCUGGAAAGCUGUAAAUCAAAGCGACCUAACUCAGAGGAUCCAUGGAAAGACAAACGCGGAAUAAUGCGCAAGAAGAGAAAAAUCUUCGAAGUCAAAAGAGAUAUAAGAAUCGAUACACAAGACAUGGAGAAACUCAGAACGGUCUGUAAGCGGGCACACCAUUUGGACCAUCAGUUCCAUUGUUGCUGCUUCGGCGCGAGCCUUGGAUGGUCGGCAAUCCUGGGUCUCAUUCCCGUUAUCGGCGAUGUCCUAGAGCUAAUCCUGUCGGUUUUACUGGUGUGGGAAGCCUCCAGAAUCUAUGGUGGCUUACCCAGUAACAAGAGAAGGUUGAUGUAUCUCUACAUCGCACUUGACUUCUUGGUGGGCUUCAUUCCGGUCAUCGGGGAUUUCUUCGACGUUGGCUACCGUGCCAAUACUCGGAUUGCCUGGGUUCUCAACGAUCACUUGAUGGACAAGGCAAUUAAAAGAGUAAGAGCAGAGACUGGGCAGCCAAGUGGGAUCAACGGGGAGAAAGAUCGUGACCUGGAACAAGGCAUCGUGCGACAUGUUGAAUCAUUCACGGCUCCAAUGACGGUCCCGCCGGCGCGGACAAUCCCCCCAGGACGCAAUUUGACCGGACCGCACGAUCCUAGAAAUCCAUAUCGAAUGCAAGGGCGGCGUCAUUAAGCGAGCUGGAAGCUAGGUGGUUAGUUUGGAUACCUCUGUACUGGAACCACUAGCUUAGAUUAGGUUCCGAAGCAGUUUCCUUUGAAUUCAGACAUGCUGGUUCUGCCAUCGUUUUUCAAUAGGUAAGCAAGAU